GUGCUUUAGCAACUCUGGCAAUCUUCAGCUGCUGCGCCGAUCUCGGCCAUGCUGAGUCCGCAGCAGUCCGCAUGGCUCUAUGCCCUGCCCAGUUUGACGGUGAUCACCGCGUGCCUGGCGCCUGUCCUGCUCUUCGCCCUGCGCUCGCUGUCGGCCUCGCAGCCGACAGCCCGGGAGUCCUGGCAGCUGGCACUGCGCUCGCCCUUGUCUAUAGUAUCGUUGACGAUCAUCCUUUUGAGCCCCAUCUUUCUGCUGUCGAACUACAGUGUCAGCAGUCUGUACCUCUUCGCCGUCUACUGCGUGGUCCUGGCCUGCGCCAACUUGUUGGCCGAUAAGGUGGGCCAACGGCGCCGUGUGUGGAUCGCAUUGGCAGUUUGGCACCUCUUCAAUCUUUUGAAUUUGCUGGGUGGCAACUUGAGCCUCCUACAGCCUUACAGGACAGCGCAGCAAGGUUUGCUGCCCACCAUCUUCCAGAUUUCUGGCACGGCGGGCGGAUCCUGUGAGUACUACCGGGUCGAUUGGUGUGAGGAUUCGUGGAUCACUUUCCAAAUGAUUGUUGCAUUCGCGUACAUCAUCUUGCAUGUCGUUGCAUUCUUCAUUGUGGGGCUGCGGGCCGUUGAAGAGCCGGCCAUGAACUAUUCCAUGCGCGAGAGCAGCGAGGAAGGCCAGCAACCGGUGGGAUGAGCAGGUCACUGCACAGCACAACUCCGGCACAGGUCGCCGGCGGCGCUGAGCCCUUUUGACUGCCUUCGCCAUAGCAUACAGGGCACGUUGCCGUGCCAAUGGCGGACUGGGAUGGAUUUUUGAAUUUUCUGAUGUUUCAUUCUUGGUAUGUG